CUCGAUACUUUCUUUACGGAGCUGCGUCGACCGUCGACCGCCAUAUGAUUGGAGCUUUAGCUUUACCCGAUAUAGCUGUGGCGAUUGUUUUGCUCCUAUUUGUUUCAUCUACUUCGCAAGAACAGACACAGAGUAAUGAUGUACUCCUUGCAGUCGCCUCAGCCUCUACUAGCAUAGGAUCAAAAACUAGUACGCUGGAUAGCAACACACCUAGAUACCACUACUUCUUCACUCUUAUGGCCGGCACCGCCCAGGACUACCUUCUCACUUCUCUUACGAAAGACUGGGGCGACGGCGCCACCGGCCACGAAGCCCUUGCGUCCGUGAAAAUCGCCGGCACGGUCGCCACCAAGGCGGCGAGCUACAUGAUGGAGCUGGCGAACCACGCCCAAAAGAACGCCAUGGAACUCGACCGGGCAAGAAGAGCGGUUGAGAAGUACGUGCUAGGGACGGACGUGGACACCAUUUCCGAUGCGGAUCCCUUUGUGAAAGCGCUGGACUCCCCGAUGAUCGUGACACCGCAGGAGUACUCCACCUUCCAAACGCCAAACGGCAGCACCACGGCGCUGGAAGAGGGGCGACGGAUGUUUGGCCAGUCGGGACUGAACACGUUUUUGCCACCGUACUUGAUGUUGGACGCCCAGAAAACGCCGGGACUGCGACCCACGGAGAUACCUUCCGGCGCGAACGUCGGGGCGGCCCCGCCCGGCGUCAUUCCACUGUCCACGCCGGCGGAUAUGGACGGGCACUUUUUACAAAUGUUUGACAACGCGUUAGUGGCGUCCAAACACGACGGAAAAGAAGAGAUUUUGGCCAAGCUGAGCUGA